GUCUGCAGCCAAUGGCGAGCGCUGUGUAGGACGGCAUUGUGAAGAGCCAGGGAUUUUAGCGCGGGCACCAGUCGGCGUUUGACUUGAUCCUUAUGUUCCUCUCAUAGCGUCAAAGGGACACCCGAAAAAGACGACGAAAGCGACUGUUUUGCAUCAUAAAUUUAUCUCGCCAAAAUAUUGUUGACAGACAACAUGACUGACAGGAAGGCUGUGAUCAAGAACGCUGACAUGUCUGAAGACAUGCAGCAGGACGCGGUGGACUGUGCCACGCAGGCCAUGGAGAAGUACAACAUCGAGAAGGACAUUGCCGCAUACAUCAAAAAGGAGUUCGAUAAGAAAUACAAUCCGACGUGGCACUGCAUUGUGGGAAGGAACUUCGGAAGCUACGUGACCCACGAGACGAAACACUUCAUCUACUUCUACUUGGGCCAGGUGGCCAUUCUGCUCUUCAAGUCCGGCUGAGUCCAGACCCGAGGCAGACCGUUCGAAUGUAUCUCCAAUGAAGACUGUGAUGCACUGGUGGCUGACGUCAUCUUCUAAUAUUAAACGAGACCAUACCAUGACUAUGCUGGCUGUGCACAACUGCAUGGAUCACAUCCCAUACUACUUGUGUACAUGUUGCAGUUCAAUAUUUGCUUUUCAUUAGAGGCUCUGAAAUGUUUUCGUUUAUGGUCCUUGCAGGUUUUUUCCUAGCACAUGUGUUGUAACAAUUAAAAAAAGUAUGAUUAAAGAAAGUCAGAACAUGUAAAGUAUUGACCAGCACAUACGUCUGCAGUAAAUGGAUCUAUUUUUGGUGACUUUGUGCUGUAAUAUAUUGAAUGCCAUGCGCUGUAUGUCAUUUGGGGGUAUUGGUAGGGGGGAAUCAAAGCACAUUUGGUUGUAUGGGGAGUUGUAUAGUUUUGAUUUGAAGCAUUUUCCUGUUCUAGAAUGUUUACCUCUGCUGUAAAUGUAGAUUUUUUUCUUUUCAUUUGAGGCUUAAGAGGUUGUUUGAGGGAACCCAUACUGACUAUUUGAACAUACAAUGAACUAGAUGUAUGUAAUUGGGGAAAUGCACCUAUAAUAAAGUUUAAGAGCAGAAGCGUGUUAUAUGUAACUCCUAUUACAACGCAUUAACAUCAAGUCAUUUUCAUGUUGUUUGCAGAACAGGUUUCUGAAUGUAUAGUAGUUAAGGUGGUCGCACAACACGUCUUCCUGUCUGCUGUUCUGCUAUAUCAGAGUAGAUUUAUUUGGUGUGUGGGUGUCUGUUUGUGGUCUUUUUUUUUAAGUUCUUAUCAAUGUUUGCUCUAUCAUAUGACUGUAUAUUUUGCACAUAGCAUAUAUGCCCACUCAGGUACCGCCUGUGACAAAAGCGACCUGUCAGAUUCAUUAAAACGUGUGAUUGAAAGUU